AUGUCUAACGAUGUUAUAAAUUCUGUAAACAACCUCAUCUACCAGGCGAUAUCUAGUCUGGAAGACGGGCUCCAGUCGACCCCUCCUGAGCGACUGGGCUUUAGACAUGGCCCUGGCACCAUCCCAGACACGGACGACGAUGGGAACAUACAGUACCCCGAAGCCAGGCUGGAGAUCGAGAAUGGCCUCCACCAGCUAGAAACGCUGCUGGAGGCGACUGUCGAUAAGGCGUUUGAUAAAUUUGAGAUAUACGUGCUCAGGAAUGUUUUAACGGUGCCUGAAGACUUGACUGGAUGGAUUCGUUUGAGCCACCAUGAGGGCCUUUCGCUUGAACCAAGUCGCGAGGAUGCUCCGACUGAAGAAUCCCUGACAUUACAGAGACAGAAGCUGCGCGAGACCAAGAAACUAAACCGUUUGUUGACCCAGGAAUGUGCUCGGAAUGAUGCCGUCCUGUCCCAGCUCAGGUCCAUGGUGGCAACUACAAAACAUAACUCCCACGGCACGUCGUCUGGCUCCAUGAAUGCAGGUGUACCAUCUACCUCCGAAGCAGAAGUACAGUUCCCCAACCUUUCGUUUCUACUAUCUGAUCCACGUGCAAAGAAGCUACGGAUGGGUGACGGAGGCGCCGGUCCAUCUCACACACCACUUACAACUACUACCAACUUUAUUCUCUCGCAGCUACCCGCAUUGCGAGCCGUAUUGGUGCAGCUACGCCCAAAGGUGCAGACACUGCCCAAAUCGGUUAACGAGAUGGAUCUGGACCAGAAGAAGGGAGAGAGGAGAGAGUAUAUCAACAGCAGAGCCAAGUUGCAUCUGGAGCGGACGGGUGGAAGCAGUGAAGGCGAGCAAGGCCACGGUAUUGUUCGAGGGAAGAGGGUAAAUGCGGAAGAUGUGCAGGCUCUCGAGAGUGUUACCACGACCUUUUUAAAGAACCAUGGUCCAAAGGCCACUGUUUCCCAUAGAUCCGUUGAGCCUCAACCGCGGAAGCGGCUAUCCAAACUUCUGGGUUUCAACCAAAAGCUCGACGCUCCAAGUGCUAUAUCGUCAUAG